AUGGCGGCGGCGGUGCUGCAGCUGGGGCUGCGCGCCGCGGGGCUGCGGCCUUUGCUGUUCGCGGCGGGCGCGGGGACGGCCCCGGCCAGCGUCGUCUGGAGGAGCGCCCUGGCGAUCGCCCCGCGCGCAGGGUUGGCCUGGAGGCCCCGCAGGUGUGGUAGCUCUUCAGCCGAAGCAACUGCCACAAAAAGCGAAGAUGAGUCCUUCCUCCGCUGGUUUCUGCUGCUUAUUCCUGUGACUGCUUUUGGCCUGGGGACGUGGCAGGUCCAGCGUCGGAAGUGGAAGCUACAGCUGAUCGCAGAGCUAGAGUCGAGAGUUAUGGCUGAGCCCAUCCCACUGCCCGCAGACCCAAUGGAACUGAAGAACCUGGAGUACAGGCCCGUGAAGGUCAGGGGGCACUUUGACCACUCCAAGGAGCUUUACAUGAUGCCGCGGACGAUGGUGGACCCUGCCCGGGAGGCCCGGGAAGCCGGCCGGCUCUCAUCAGCGGCUGAGAGCGGUGCCUACGUGGUCACUCCCUUCCACUGCACUGAGCUGGGAAUCACCAUUCUGGUGAACAGAGGGUUUGUGCCCAGGAGGAAAGUGAAUCCAGACACGCGGCGUAAAGGCCAGAUCGAGGGAGAGGUGGACCUGGUGGGGAUGGUGAGGCUCACAGAGACUAGGAAGCCUUUUGUCCCCGAGAACAAUCCGGAGCGGAACCACUGGCAUUACCGGGACCUGGAGGCCAUGGCCAGGCUCACAGGCGCAGAACCCAUCUUCAUUGAUGCGGACUUCAAGAGCACAGUCCCUGGCGGGCCCAUUGGAGGGCAGACCAGAGUCACACUGCGGAACGAGCACCUGCAGUACAUCAUCACCUGGUAUGGACUCUGUGCGGCCACCUCGUACCUGUGGUGCAAGAAGUUCCUAAGUCGGACUCCUGGUGUGUGA